GUGAGCGAAUAGAAUACCAUCUUAUUGGGGGUUGUGUUAAAGAAGCGGGAUCUACGAAAAAAUGGUGAAAGCGGAUGGUUCCAGAAGACCUGCUUCGAGUCGAAUCAAUAUUUUUAAAUAUAUUUUUGGAUUUCUGAUCCCUAUUAUUUUGUUACCCUUGAUUCUUGUAAAGGAUUCUAAGGAAGCACGAUGCGGCUACGUGGUUUUGCUGAUGGCCUGUUACUGGGUUGUAGAGCCGAUUCCGGUGGCCGCUACCUCGUUGCUUCCAGUUGUUCUCUUUCCUUUGCUCGGGGUCAUCACCACAAACGAAGCAAGUGGGGAGUACAUGAAUGGAACGAAUAUGAUGUUCGUAGGAGGCCUUUUUAUGGCUGUAGCUAUCGAAGAAUGCAAUUUGCACAAACGAAUCGCUUUAAAUGUCCUGAGAUGGGUAGGCCCAACACCCUUAUGGAUGAUUUUCGGUUUCAUGAGCACGUCCAUGUUUUUGUCUAUGUGGAUCAGCAACACGGCCACUGCAGCUCUCAUGGUUCCCAUAAUCGAGGCAGUCAUGGAAGAGAUGAGAGGAAAGACGAAUGACAAAGAUGAGAUGAUCGAGAUGAAAAAAACUUCUGUUAUUGCAAUUGACGUUAAACCUGUAACUGAAAAUGGAGUUUUUCCAGAAUCACAGUCAAGGGAUUCCAACGAUCCACCGUUGCCAAUCGCUCCUGAUAGUCCAAAUCGUCUUCAUAUGAUUGCAGUGCUGAAACGUGCCAUGUUCUUAAGCGUAGCCUAUGCAGCCAAUAUAGGUGGGACUGGAACCUUGACGGGAACGGGUCCAAAUCUUGUCGUCAAAUCCGUGACUGAAAAACUCUUUCCCGAGUCGAAUGAUUUGACCUUUGAUAAAUGGAUGAUAUUCAACGUCCCGGUCAUGCUCCUCUGUGUCAUUGUUGCUUGGGGUUAUCUGUGCCUCGUUCACGUCCGGAAAGCAUCGACGGUUUACACCAGUGCAGUGAAGAAAAGUCUGCAGCAAGUAAUAGACAAAAAAUACGAGGAGCUGGGCCCUAUGACCUUCCAAGAAAAAGGUGUGUCCGUCCUGUUUUUUCUGCUCGUAAUGCUGUGGAUAUUCAGAAACCCACAUUUCAUCACCGGCUGGGGAAGCUACUUUCCUGUAAAAAUAUCUGAUGCCACUCCAGCCAUCGGAAUUCCAAUUCUGCUCUUCCUGAUUCCUUCAGAGCCUCUGAAGCUGGGCCGCAGUCGCCCCUUACUGGAAUGGAGGACGAUCCAACACAAAGUGCCUUGGGGGGUGAUCAUACUCCUGGGAGGAGGAUUUUCUCUGGCUCUCGCAUCUGAGAAAUCUGGGCUGUCUAAAUGGGUGACACAGCAGCUUCUCUUGUUAAACAUUUCUUCUCCUUUGGCGGUGGUUUCUCUACUCUGCAUCAUGACUGCUAUCCUCACAGAAUUCACAAGCAAUGUGGCGACGGCAAAUGUCAUUCUGCCCGUGGUCGCUGAAUUGGCUGUUGCUAUGAGAAUACACCCUAUGUUCCUGAUGGUUCCUGUGACAAUAUCCUGUUCUUUCGCCUUUAUGUUGCCCGUAGCAACACCUCCAAAUGCCAUAGUUUAUGAAGCUGGUGAAAUGAGUACGUUGGAUAUGCUGAAGCCAGGGAUUCUGAUGAACUUUGCUUGCGUCGCUAUUGAAGUCUUGAUGAUCAGUACUUAUGGAAAGGUGGUUUUCGAUUUCGCUGAAUUUCCAUCUUGGGCGAACAGCACCAUAACUACUUGAUGCAGAGCUUAGUUAUUCUUCAGAGAUUUGCAGCACUUCCAUCGGAAAAAAGCAUUGACAGCUCUUUUCAUUCAUUCAAGAAACCUCAUAUCUCAUUAAGAAAGCCAAAGAAAGAGACUGAAUAUGAAUUUUCCAUACCGUGAUCGAAGAAUAAUAAUCUACAAAAGUCUUCCAUCCUUUAUGGAUUUCUGUGAGAAAAAAUAUAUACGAGCUUUUGUGUAAUCCAAGUUAAGUUCAAGCUUUUGUAAAGUCCUUCCAUCAACUAAUCAUUGAAAUUUUCAUAUGUAAAUAUCAUCAAUCAAAGCAAUUUUUUUUUUACUUAAAAAAACUUACAAAAUAUAUAAUUUGCUUUCAGAUGACAUCAUUUUAUUUUUUAUUGUUUUUAUUGACUUUCGUAAUCAAUAAAUUUACCUAUUCAAAUAAAUCUACUUAUUAAAUAAGAAAAUAACGAAAAUAAUUUUCAUUUCAAGAUUAUCGAGUUUUAAAACUGGAAUUCUUUUAGAAUACAGAAUCGCACUGCGAAUAUUCGUCCAGAAUAAGUUAUUCAAUUAUUAAUUACUGUAAUAAAAGGGGAGAGUAACUCUACUUUUCAAAUAUUAAAGCUAUUUCUUUGAUGUUAAUCUUUCAUUGAAAAAUUCUAACUUUAAAAAAAUACAUUUUAAUUGCAUUUUAGAAACUAAUUCGUUUUUAAAAGUGAAUAUAUUUAAGGGGGAAUAUUGAGGGAAUGUAAAUUUUUUUAGGGGGGAGAGGUAUUGAGAAUUUAAACUUUUGUUUUUAUUGCUUUUUCUAAAGUUGUUAUAUUUUAUUUUGUUUUAUUUUUUAAUGCAAUGUUGAAUGUUUUUGUAGCACCAUUUGCAUAUGAUUCUUAAAGAUAUAACAUUGUAAAAACUUUAACUAUUUUGAUGUUUAAAUAUUUACUCAAUUUUGAACA